AUAGAAUACACGAACGGUAUUAAGAGAAGGUAUCGUUGGGGCUUGGUGUUGAGAGCGUCUGACCCAAACGUUUACUGACGCCCGAGGUUUAAUAUAUUAAUACAACAUGAGUAAAGCACAUCCUCCUGAGUUAAAGAAGUACAUGGACAAGCGUGUGAUGACGAAGCUCAAUGGUGGCCGCGUGGUAGAGGGCACUUUACGAGGCUUUGACCCAUUCAUGAAUCUUGUGGUUGAUGAUGGCGUGGAAGUCCGCAAAACUGGUGAUCGUGUUAGGAUUGGUGUUGUUGUAAUCCGUGGGAGUAGCAUAAUUAUGCUCGAGGCGCUAGACCGCAUAUCUUAAGCUUAGAAAAUGUAUAAUGUUACUUGUAUUAGUACUGUACUGUCCAGUCCAUUCAUAGAUGUUUUUUUUUAUUUUAGAUAAUUUUAAGUUUUUUCUUUUUUUGUAUUAAGAAACAGAAUUUAUGAAAAUGUUUUACUUUACUGUAUAAUGUUUAGCCUAUAAAAUGCAUUUUCAUCUAAAUUCUUCAUUAUUUCAAUAAACUUUUUAACAAUG